GAAUAGACCACUUGCACAUUGUUUGGUGAUUAGUCGUACCGGAAGUACGUAACUUCGGAAUUUCGAAAUCUAUAUUGACUGAAACAAAAGGCGGGCAGAAUUUCCAAAUCCGCCAUUGUAACUAGGGUAAAUAAACGCAUUUUAGAUUGACGAUGGUGAACAAGAAUUGCAUGUACGGGGUUUGUAAGAGUGACAGUAGGUACCCAGAGAGACUCGCGGAGAAGGAUGCGUACUUUAUUCCGUUCCCAAAACCAUUACGGAAAAGAGUGAAGUGUGAAAGAUGGAUACGAGCUUGCGGACGACAGGACUUGAACGUGGAAAAAGUGACAAAAUACAGCUAUAUAUGUUCACUUCACUUUGUAAGGGGAAAGGGUCCGACUGAGGAAUAUCCGGAUCCUAUUCCUGCAGGAGCCUGUGAAGCUGAAAAGGAGAAUUUCAUGCUGCAGAACCGGAAAAGAAGGGCACCAAUAGACCGUCCCAGCCUUGUGUGUAGGAAGGUGAAAAAAACAGGUAAAUCAGCUGAUCAGAGAACAGUAGACCUAGAUCACUCUUAUUGUAUAGUUCAUGUUCCAGAUUUUGAAGCAGAGAUUGAACUAGGGCCUGGAGACGAAGGGAAGGUACCAGAUGACAUUGACACCACUAUCUUUACUGCUACUCCUCUACCUGUGGAAACAACAGAUUCAGAAUCUCAGACUUACCAUCCAACUUAUUCUGACAGCAGUACAAAUGUCAACUUGAAGACCAUGAGAAGACAGUUAUUUGUUUUAGAUGUGGAAAAGAAGCCUAAAGCCUAUACAGGAAUGACACUGGAUGUCUUGAAACUUGUUUUUAGUCACGUAGAGUUGAAGGCUUCUAGGAUGAAGUAUUGGUAUGGGUCAUCUAGGGUUGAUGACAGCUUCGACGAUACAGAGAAUGAUGUCAGUGGACAAAAAAGGGGAGCAUUAAGGGAGUUGAAACUUUGGGAAGAGUACCUGAUGAGCCUUGUACGACUGAGGAAGGGAUUGGACACAGAUGUUUUAGCAGAUAUGUUGUGUAUAAGUUCUUCAACUGUUUCCAGGAUCUUUACCACAUGGAUUGUGUUUUUGCGGAAGGAACUGGAUUUUCUUAUCAAGUGGCCCACUAAAGACCAAAUAAAGGAAAAUAUGCCAAAAUCUUUGAAGUAUUUCCCUAAAACUAGAGUAGUUAUAGAUUGCACUGAAUUUUUUGUUCAAAAACCCUCAUUACCUUCUGCCCAGAGAAUCACUUGGUCAAGUUAUAAGCAUAAUAAUACAUUAAAACUUCUGGUAGGUAUAACACCAAGUGGUUCAUUCUGUUUCUUGUCAAAGUUGUGGUCAGGGGCAGUUUCAGACCGCAGGAUUACACAAGCAUCUGGGUUCUUGGAAAAACUGGAGUUUGGCGAUGAGGUUAUGGCUGACCGUGGAUUCACCAUAAGUGAUCUCUUGGCUUUGAAGGGGGCAACUCUUGCAAUUCCACCUUUUGCAAAUGGCAGACAGCUGAGCAGUAGAGCAGUUACAAGGACAAGGCGUAUUGCAAAUGCACGCAUCCAUGUAGAACGAGCUAUAGGAGAUAUCAAAUCUUUUCAGCUACUACAGGGCACAUUGCCUCUUACUCUUAAACCCAUCCUUGAUGAUAUUAUUUUUGUUUGUGGUGCUUUGUGUAACUUGCGGUCUAAACUUGUGAAGUAAGAACUUUUAAUUUGUAACAACUUUGAAUCUAAUUUAGGUAUUUCAUGGCCAAAAAACAGCUCUCACUAUCACUAUUUCUGCAAGUUGAAGACACAAUGGACAAAUAAAUUUGCAUGUUCAGAGGGGACAGACAACACUUUGUUUAAAACAAAAUUAAACAAAUAAAGAACAAGAACAUUUUUUUUAAAUACUUACCUAUCCUGAAAAACAAUAGCAUUAUUAAGAAUACACCCUUAACACUAUCAGAAAGGUGCUCUUAAAAGGUAAACAUUUCUGCUUUAAUCUCCAGUUAACCUUUUUCUGAUAAGAUUACCAGUGGAAAGUGAUAUCAGUACAAAUAAACACUUUAAGGUAGUUCAGGGGUAUAGAAAAAAAAAUGACAGAAUUUUCUUAUACUUUGCCAAAAUGAAGAUUUUACUAUGCUCUUUUCAAAAAAAAUAAUAAAAAGUAUGGGUCAGCGCGCUAUUUUUCAAGGUACGAGUCGUUCAAAAUUGCUAAUAUUUGCUUGGAUUGUUCAUGAAAAAACACAUUUUUGUGCUUAAAAAGAAAUCUAUGAGACAGAAUUUUGAAAUAAAAUAUGAGAAGAUAGGUUUUAUAAUAUAUUUUAAGAAAACAAAAAUAAAAAAAGGUGUCACCAACUUGUUUUCUUGCUACAAGUAAAUAAUCAGUUUUAAUUAAUCUGAUUUUCACCAAAAUGUAUACAGAUCGUUUGACCAUCAUAAGAAACAACUUUGUUAAGUUUCAUGAAAUUUGGAUAAGUCAUUCUCAAGUUACGGUGCCACAUGUUUACCCGGGACAGCCGCACAUUUGUAUACCAUACUACGUCCAGUAAAACUUUUGGCGGGGGUAAAAAAAUGAAAUUUCUCUAUAUGUUCAGUAUAAAUUAUGUACUAAAAGAGUUAUCUCCCCUUAAAUGGCUUAUUUGAAUAAUUAGUUCCAAAAGCACAAACAUUUGGUGUUUGUUAAAAUAUUUUCGCUAAUGAAAUGCAUAACUAAGUUUUCUUAAUAUAAAAAAAACAGUGUAACCAAUAAAUUUCAAAUCUGUCUCCAAAUUUGCAGAUUUGGGCAAAAAAAAAAGACCGAUUAAUUUAUUUACUGUGAUUGUACUAUUCAAGAUGGUGGUAUACCCCUGAACUACCUUAAAUCAUCUAAGUCAUACCGAAACUUGAGGUUUACUGUCUCAAAACUUACAAAAACCAGUAUUAUAAAAUAUCUACAAAGUAUUGUAUAUGAAGUUAAUGAGCUGUGUUAUAUUUGUCAAUGAGUCAGUUGUUAAUACAAAAUCAAAUGAAGUUAAUAUAACCAACUAUACAUGUAUGUCACUAUACAGUUGUUGAUUUACCAAAAACAAGAUUUAGGAAAAAAAAACAUCAGAUCUAGACAUUACACAAAUAUGACCGAAAGCAACCAAUGAAAACAAAUGUCUAACAAUAAAGUUAACAUCCAGUUUUAGAGAACAAUGCAUAGGCAUCGUUAAAAAUGUGCUGAAUUUUCAAUAUAUGUCGGUAUGUGUACUAAUUUUGUUAAAUUUCAGAUUUACUAUUAAACCAUCAUUCUUCGGCGAAAGGGUUAAAUUGAUAUAUAAGAAGAUGUGGUAUGAGUGCCAAUGAGACAACUCUCCAUCCAAGUCAAAAUUUAAGUUAAAUAAUAUCAAGUGGGUCAAGUGUGUAUAUAUAUCUGAAUCAUUAUGAUUUAUCUACUUGGAUUAUUUAAAAUAUUUGGGAUCAAUUCAAAAAGUAAAUUUGGUACAUUCUUAGCUAAUUAUAUAAAGGCACCAACCCAACAAGCUUGACAGUAUAUUUAAGGAUGUAACAGGGUAAACAUAAAUGAGGCAUCAACCCAACAAGCAUAAUUAGAUAAACAUGAAUGAAAAGGGACACAUGUUAAACCUCAAUGAGGCAUCAAACCGACAACAAUAUUAAUACAUCUUUGUUUUAAGGGCAUAUGAUACAGUUUUGAUUCAAUUCAAAUAUGUAGGGAAAAAAAUAUACCUGCAUGUGCUACUUUAAGAGAAAAAAGGUGUAAAAAUUUUAGACAUUUUCUCAAAAUUUAGUUUUUUGGGACAUUUCUAUCCUUUAUAGACACACCUAACUUUUUAUUUCAACAGAUAAACACAAGCGGAUUUUUGUAGAAACAUUACGAAAAUCUUCUUUACAUAAAUGUGCUCUUAAUAAGUACAACAGUUUUGGGGAAAUAAUUAAUUUUCAACAAAGUUUCUGGAUUUAGGAAAAAAACAUAAUUUUUUGCAGUAUAUUUAUCAAAUUUAAAAAAAAAUUGAAUGUUAACUUUUCAUUAAAAUUGUUACAAAUAAUCUUCAUACUUUUAAAUCAAACCUAAUGCCAUUGUAAAAAAAAGGGGCCCUUGUACUCGUUUCCAAGUUCAAUCAGUUUAAAUCAUAAAAAAAAAACCUGCUUCGCUGAGCGCAGCUAGAUACGCCCGCAGAGGUCCAACCCUGAACAGUUGGGGCAAAAAUGGACACAAUAUUCAAGCUUGAUUCAGGUCUGAAUUUGGAUUGUAAUUAAAUAUUUGACAUAUUAUAGGUUUCUGAAUAAAUGUUGUCAAAGAACUUGAAAUUGGUUAUAUGAAUUGAAUUUAUAUUCAAUUAAAGAUUUCUUGCUGUUGUGCAAUAGUCCCCAAUACUUACUAAAUCUGUUGUCAGACUAUAAACAAAUAAAGUUCAAUUAAUUCUCAAUGUCAUAUUAGAAAUUUAUGGAAAUAAAAAGGGAGCUUACAUCAAUAGAUAUAAACAAUCCACCAAAGUUUCAUGAGAAUUGGUGACAGCAUUUUUGAGUUAUUGUCAGAAAACUGGAAAAUCACCCCUUUUUUUAAUGAAUAAAACCCAAUAACUCCGAAAUGUAAAAUGUAAAAUGUAUAAAAUUCUAAAGGGAGCUUACAUCAAUACAUACAAACAAUUCACCAAAGUUUCAUACGAAUUGCUGAAAGAAUUUUGGAGUUUUUGUCCGAAAACUGGAAAAUCCCCCCUUUUUUUAUGAAUAAACCCUGUAACUCAGAAACGUAAAAUUUAAAAUUUAUAAAAAUGGAAAGGGAGCUCAUGUCAAUAGAUAUAAACAAUUCACCACAAUUUCGUGCAAGUUGGUGAAAGCAUUCUUGACUUAUUGUCCGAAAACUGGAAAAUCCCCCUUUUUUUAAUGAAUAAAACCCCAUAACUCGGAAACGUAAAAUCCAAAUUUUAUAAAAAACGAAAGGGAGCUCACGUCAAUAGAUAUAAACAAUUCACCAAAGUUUUAUGCAAAUUGGUAAAAGCAUUUUUGAGUUAAUGUCCGACAUGUUGACGACGGACUGACAGACGGACAACGGUAUACCAUAAUACGUCCCGUAAACGGGCGUAUAAAAACAGUCCAAAAUGCAUCUGUUCCCGAUAUGGCACAGUUUAACGUCGCAAAAAUAACAUUUUACGUUUAGCAAAGUCAUUACCUCCCCUGUAACUGUAUACUAUCAUAUGCCCUUCAGGUCAGCAUGCAGUUUCAUCAGUAGACAUAAUUGUAUUAAAAAUUUCAAUCUUUUACAAUGUUUUAAAAAUAACAUUGUAGAAUAUCAGCUGUAAUAGGUUAUAAUAAAAAGCCUUUGGUGAGUGAAAAUUUCUCUAGUUCUAUUUGUUUGUUUUUAUAUGGUUUGAUAAUUUUGAUGUUGGUGACAAAGCAAGGUCAAGCACAUGUAUCUUCCUGAAUAUGCAUGAAACAAUUACCAUUGGAAAUUUAACAUACUAGACUGUUAUCGACACACGACACACGAAUUACUCUUAAUUAGGCAAGGUAGAAAUCAAACAUAGUCUGAAAACUGGUCAGUGCUUUCAAAAAUUUGGAAGAAAUAUAUUGAAAAUUGUUAAAAAAAUAUAUUAAAAUACAUAAAUUCAUGCAUCUAGCUAAGUGAACCAACCACCCAGAAGAAAAAUUAAUCUUUUGCUUUAAAUCAAUUGUAAAGUACCAAGAAUCAUUAUUUUGAGUUGCAUAGUAUUUUGGAAUGAAAAAAAAAUUAAUAGAUAUCAAACUAAUAUUUAGUAAUGACUUAUAGAUUCAAAUAUAUAAGAAAAUGUUUAAAGUACCUAUUGAACAAUUUUUAGUAGACUAAUUUAAGUUGUCUUUACUCACUAUUUCUAGAAGAAAUGGUGCAAUAUAAUCCGUAAAGAAGUUUUGCAGUUUCUCCAGCAUUCUGUUAAAAAAUUCUUCAUCAAAGCUGACUUCUACAUGUUCUAUUCCAUGUUUGGUGUAGAAUACCAAAUCACACUUUCUCAUUUCCAUAAUUCCCAUUUGUCCUUGCACUUGACAAUAAUACUGUGAAGAAAAAUCAAUUUGACCAUCAGAAUUAGUUUUCAUGUGUAAUACAGAUUUAGCGGGCUUGUUUCUAAGUGAAAACGGACACUUAAUUUCAAUAACCUUACUCUCAUGGCAUUUACAAGUGAUCACUCCAUCUGGACUACAACCUAUACAUGGAUACUUCGGAUUUACCACCAAACCAGUUUCAGUUAUGCAUUUAUUCCUUUUCAAUCCAUGAGCUGUUUGGUAUAGGUUCCUGGCUUUUGAUUCCUUGCGUCUACCCCAGUCUAAGGCCAUUUCCUGGAAUUUAUUCUUUGCAGAAAGUGAUUCACUACCUAUAAUUCGGCUGCAAAUAAGAUCUGGGUCCUCAUUAUUCAUUAUAGCCUGAAAGUUAGAAGCAGUAAUUAAACCUUUCCUCAUAGUGAACCAUAAAUUGUUGCUACUCUGGCCCUGAGUUGCCCUUGAUAUAAGCAUCACAUCAUCUGAACUGAAUGAUAAGCUAGCCAUAAAUUUUUCAACUAUAUCCUCUUCAUUAUCAAUUAAACAUACAUACUUAUCUUUAAAAUACUUAGCCUUAGUAGGAAUUGUCAAGUCCUGUAUUGCCUCUGAAAAGUCCAUCGGUAACACAUCUACUGGUUUAUGGGGUAGAAAUUCUAGUGCUCUUGCCUCGGGAUUUAUCUAUUAAAAAAAAGUAACCAAAGCAUUAGUUAUAUAUUUUUCAGGAAAAAAAAGACAUUGUUGAAUUUAAGAAUUGGAAGAAAAAUAUUAACUGAAAAUCUAGACAAUGGUACAAGAUAUAUUGUAUGAUUUUUAUGUG